CCCUCGCAUGUGCCACUUUCACCCGAUGGAAUAAGUGUACAGCACGCUCCCGCGGGAGCGUUUUACAUGCGCUCUUGGGUGGUGUAAUGGAAGCAGAGCUACGAAUUGGCCAUGAGAGGACAUGGAGGUAGCUUUCUGUUUUGCUAUUACACAUGCGAAACACGGCAACUAGCUCAACUUCAAGUCCUUCUCUGUCUCCGCACCAAACGCAUACAAGUCCCAAAGAUCUCUGCAACUAAUCCAAAAAUGCUAUGUUGGCCGCCAUUAAAACAAACCCAAAUCAAGAAAACCCCAACUCAUGUUUACAAGGCGAGCCACCACACGCCUUGCACGCCAACUCCUCGAUGAAACGUUCCAAAGAACCCAACUUCCCUGCAACUCCACCAUGGCUUCUCUUAUCUCUCACGGCCACUUUGAGGAGGCCUUGCAAUGCUUCAUCGACAUGCCCAAGCCAUGUGCGCGGGCCCAUGUUCAAGCACUUAACGCGUGCUCGAGCCUUUCGAACCCAUGGCUCGGUCGCCAGGUGCAUGCAAGGCUCGUUCACGGCUUGGCCCCAAUGAACCCAUUCGUUCUUAAUGCCCUUCUUGGGAUGUAUGCAAAGUGCGGUGGCAUUAAAGCGGCUCGUCAAAUUUUCGAUGAAAUGCCUCAAAGAAAUGUGGUUUCUUGGAAUGCCAUGAUUGCUGCUUAUUUGAAAAACUCUCUACCCAGGGAGUCUCUCAAUGUGUUUCUUGAAAUGAAGAAAUAUAGAGUUCAGCCAGAUGCUAUCACUUUGUCUAGUGCUCUUACGGCAUAUUUGAGACUUGGAUUUGUCAUGGAGGCUAGCGACUUGUUUGAUGGGAUGACUGAGAAUGAGAGGGAUGGGGUGUCUUGGACUGCAAUGAUAUCGGGUUAUGUGCAGAAUGGGGUUUAUGGUCAGGCUUUGAAACUCUUUGUUAAGAUGUUGGGUUCAAGUGUUAGGCCUGAUAGCUUCACUCUAUCUAGUGUAGUUAGUGCUUGUGCUGGAUUGGCAUGUGUAGAGAUUGGUAAGGCAAUCCAUGCUCAAGCCAUGGCAAUCGGGUUUCAAUCAGAUUUGCUUGUAUCAAGUGCGCUUCUGAAUAUGUAUGCCAAGUGUGGAGAGGUUGGGGAUUCAUGGGUUUUGUUCGAAUUAAUGCGCGUUCGAAAUGUGGUGUCUUGGAAUGCAAUGAUCACAGGUUUUGCUCAGAAUGGGCGAGACAUGGAUGCCAUAGUGCUUUAUGAGAAGAUGUUACAGUCUCAUAUAAAACCCGAUGAUAUUACCUUUGUUGGUGUGCUCUCAGCUUGCGGUCAUGAACGCUUGCUCGAUGAAGGGCUCAGGUACUUCCAUUCAAUUAGUGAAUUACAUGGCAUGGCGCCGAGCCCUGAUCACUAUGCUUGUAUAAUCAACCUUCUCGGUCAUUUUGGCAAGCUUGAGCAAGCAAUGGAGUUAAUUAUGAGCAUGCCCAACAAACCCAAUUACAUAAUUUGGUCUACUUUGCUUUCAAUUUGCAAGAUUAAUGGCAAUAUCGAGCUUGCAGAAGUUGCAGCAAGGCAUAUAUUUGAGCUAAAUCCCCAAGAUUCAGGGCCUUACAUAAUGUUAUCAAACAUGUAUGCAGCAUGUGAGAGAUGGGGUGAUGUUGCCUCUAUAAGGAAGCUUAUGAAGGAUAGGAAUGUGAAGAAAUCUCCAGCUUAUAGCUCAAUCGAGAUCAAUAACCAGGUUCACACUUUCUUGGCAGAGGAUAGGACCCAUCCACAAACCCAAAUGAUUUAUAGAGAAUUGAGAAGGCUGGUUGAGGAAUUGAGGGAAGCUGGUUAUGUUCAUGAUACGAACUUUGUUUUACAAGAUGUGGGGGAGAGAGAGAAGCUUGAAUCAAUAUGCUACCAUAGCGAGAAGCUGGCCCUCGCAUUUGGGUUGAUCAGCAAGCCUCAUGGGAUACCAAUAAGGAUAAUGAAGAACAUUCGUGUAUGUGGUGAUUGCCAUUUGUUCAUAAAGUUGGUAUCACGUGUCUCUAAUCGUUCUAUCAUUUUGAGGGACUCCAAUAGGUUUCACCAUUUCAGUAAUGGGGAAUGUUCUUGCAGGGAUGCAUGGUGAUGCUUCUCAAGGAUCCAGUUGAAACUUUGGAAAUGAUAAAAGAACUACGCACCCAAUAAUGAAAAAGUAAAGAAAGUAUUCUUCAACAUAAUCUUGGGCUAUGGGACUUUUACUGAAAAUUCAAGGUUGGAUUUUAUGAAUAAGAGAAUAACAUUCGAAAGUGGAGGCCAAACCUUAAGAGAAUGGUUGCCGAGUGUUGAUCCAAUCUUUGAGGUUGUAGCAAAUUAGAAAUGCUAUUUCACCAGGAUAGAGUAAUGUAAAAUACCGUGAAACAUCUACAAGUUGAAUCUUACUUGUAAA